AUGGCCAUACCUCUUAGUAAUCCCAUGGUAUCGUCUGGCCCAGCUACACCAUUAAACGACACCACCGAUGCUGGGCAGACAACUGCCAAUACUGCCAAAGUCGUUGACUGGACCUCUGCAGCGUCUGCUGUUGACUGGUCAACUCCUAGGAAAGCCAGCGAUCUCUGUGGGCAGCUGAAGCUAUUCACAGAGCUCAGUCCUGACCACAACACUCAACGUCUGCUUUUCCGCAAGGUUAAAAAAGCCUUCAGCGAGAAGUCCUUCCUAUUGGCCUCAUCUCAACAGCAAGUUCGAGUUCUGGAAGCCAGAGUUAAGCGCAUGGCUCCCAGGAAAAAGAAGAGUGUUCAAACAGACCCAAACACCAAGUUCGCCAACAUCAGGGACAUAAAGAGGGCUCAGGAAGACGCUGGCGAGCGUCUAAUUAGUCCCAGUCGAAUCGCAGAGGUCGAAUUACCUAGUGAGGGCAGUGACUGUAUUGUAGUGGCAGUAGAAGGUGGUUAA